AUGGAUGGGGAAGAAGUUUGGGAUGGAGAAGAAUCUACUAAGUAUGGAGAAGAAAUGAAGGAAGAAGAAAAUGAAGUUAAGGAAGCAAAAGAUGUUAAGGAGAAUGGAGAAGAAGUUAGGGAAGGAGAAAAGGUUAAGAAUGAAGAAAAAGUUAGGGAAGGAGAAGAAGUUAAGGAUGGAGAAAUAGUUUGGGAUGGGGAAGAAGUGAAGGAAGGAGAAGAGGUUAAGGAAGAAGAAGAAGAAGUUUUGGAUGGAGAAGAAAUUAAGGGUAAAGAAGAAAGUAUGGAUGAGGAAGAAGUUUGGGAUGGAGAAGAAGUUAAGGAGGGAGAAAUGAUAAUGGAUGGAGAAGAAGUUGAGGAAGGAGAAGAAAUUAAGGAUGAUGAGGAAGAGAGUAAGGAUGGAGAAGAAGAAGUAUGGACGGAGAAGAUGUUAAGGAAGGAGAACAAACUAAGGAAGGAGAAGAAGUUCGGGAUGGAGAAGAAGUUCGGGAUGGAGAAGAAGUUAAGGAUGAAGAAGAAGUUUGGAAUGGAGGAGAAGUUUGGAAUGGAGGAGAAGAAUCGAAGUAUGGAGAAGAAAUUAAGGAAGAAGAAGUUUAGGAAGGAGAAGAAGUUAAGGAAGAAGAAGUUUUGGAUGGAGAAGAAGUUAUGGAUAAAGAAGAAAGUAUGGAUGGGGAAGAAGUUUGGGAUGGAGAAGAAUCUACUAAUUAAGGAAGCAGAAGAAGUUAAGGAGGAUGGAGAAGAAGUUAGGGAAGGAGAAAAGCUUAAGAAUGAAGAACAAGUUAGGGAAGGAGAAGAAGUUAAGGAUGAAGAAAUAGUUUGGGAUGGGGAAGAAGUGAAGGAAGGAGAAGAGGUUAAGGAAGAAGAAGAAGAAGAAGUUUUGGAUGGAGAAGAAGUUAAGGAGGGAGAAAUGAUCAUGGAUGGAGAAGAAGUUAAGGAAGGAGAAGAAAUUAGGGAUGAUGAGGAAGAAAGUAAGGAUGGAGAAGAAGAAGUUAUGGACGGAGAAGAUGUUAAGGAAGGAGAAGAAACUAAGGAAGGAAAAGAAGUUUGUGAUGGAGAAGAAGUUUGGGAUGGAGAAGAAGUUAAGGAUGGAGCAGAUGUUUAG